CGGAAAACUAAAAGCCAAAAUAACAUCAUUUAGGCAGAAAAAAUUACAGGAGACACAUCAAAACUGCCGUCUCUACCAGCCCGUCCUAUUUCUGGUCCACAUCUAUUCCUGCAACUCGCCUGCCGGCUGGCCUUGAUUUUCUGCAUCGGUGACCGCUAGAUUGAUUGCGUGGUUGGGUCCUGCUCACAUUGCCCGCCAUGGUUGCCGACACUUCCUACUACGACGCCCUCGGGGUGCCGCCCACUGCCACCGAACUCGAGAUCAAGAAGGCCUAUCGUAAACUGGCCAUCAUUCACCAUCCGGAUAAGAACCCCGGCGAUGAGACUGCGCAUGCGCGAUUCCAGGAGAUCGGUGAAGCCUAUCAAGUUCUCAGCGAUGAAGAACUCCGCAAGCGCUACGAUAAGUUUGGAAAGGAAGAUGCUGUCCCCGGUGGAGGUUUCGAGGACCCCUCGGAAUUCUUUGGCAUGAUCUUCGGUGGCAACGCCUUUGUAGACCUUAUCGGUGAAAUCUCGCUCAUGAAGGACCUCACCACUACUAUGGACAUCACCAUGCAGCAGAUGGAGGAGGAAGAACUGGCCGCAUCCGCCGAGGAGAAACUGAACAUCCACGAUGAGCAGGAGCACGCUGAAGGCACUGCCGAAGGUGCUGCUCAAGCUGCUUCUACCCCCGCCGAGUCGACGACUGCCGCUUCCGAGAAGCCCGCCGCAUCCCCGAGCUCCGGCACGAGCACCCCCCGCCGCUACAUGGGCCAGCAGGCCAUCAUGGACAAGUCGGAGGAAGAGGCACGCAUGGAGGCAGCUGGUCUGUCCCAGGAGGAGAAGGAGCUGCGCAAGAAGGAGAAGAAGAAGGGUGGUUUGUCCCGGGAGCAACAGGAGCGUCUGGCGGCGUACGAGCUGGAGCGCAAGAAGGCGCGCGAGGAGCGCGUCAACACUCUGGCCACGAAGCUGGUGGACAAGAUCAGCGUGUGGACGGAAACCGACAAGAGCCCUGAAAUGACCCGAGCGUUCGAGGAGAAGAUCCGUCUGGAGGUGGAGAACCUGAAGAUGGAGUCGUUCGGUUUGGAGAUCCUGCACGCCAUCGGCGCCACCUAUGUGCAGAAGGCUACCUCGUUCCUCAAGUCGCAGAAGUUCCUCGGUAUUUCUGGGUUCUUCUCGCGCUUGAAGGACAAGGGUACGCUGGCCAAGGAGACCUGGACCACCAUCUCCACCGCCAUCGAUGCGCAGAUGACCAUGGAGGAGAUGGCCAAGCUGGAAGAGCGCGGUGGAGAGGACUGGACGGAUGAGAAGAAGGCCGAGUACGAGAAGAAGGUGACGGGCAAGAUUCUGGCGGCAGCGUGGCGGGGCAGCAAGUUCGAGAUCCAGAGCGUGCUGCGCGAUGUGUGUGACCAGGUGCUCGGAGACAAGCGCAUCAAGCUGGACAAGCGCGUUGAGCGUGCUCAUGCUCUGGUGAUUGCGGGUAACAUUUACUCCAAGGCUGAGCGCGAUCCCGACGAGGAGGGCGACUUCAUGGCGUUUGAGCAGCUGAUGGCGGAGUCGAUGACGAAGAAGGGCAAGGAGGACAAGAAGAAGAAGAAGAAGCACGAGCACCAUCACGAAGAGCCUACUGCCACUGCCUAGAUACCUUGCAUAGUCUAUUUUUGUUUUCAGACUGGACAGUUGGAUAUGUGUGUAGCGAGUAUAUCAGAUCGUAAUAGAGUAGCAGAUACCAAGU